GUGCAAGAAACAUAAUUAAAUUUAUCAAUAAACGAUUAAUUUUAUUCAUUAUCGUUAGCAUGCAGUAACCCAAAACCGAGAUACUUUCCAUAUCGCCCGACCGAACGAUAAACGUUAAUCGCAAGUACCGCCACGGCUCAAGUACUCACUCACUCGGUUCGCCGUUUAUUAUGGCCAAGUUCGCCUUUAAUUAAUUUUGAUUAGUCAAUAUCCGCCCAGAAAUGUCGUCUAAAGUAAUUUUUUGUUUGUUUUUCGGUUGUUUUAUGGGGGGUGGUACUUGGGCGGAUCCCACCCCGAUUGUUUUAUGGCACGGAAUGGGUGAUUCUUGUUGCUUUCCGUUCAGCAUGGGCGCCAUAAAAAAAUCCCUUAACACGUCGAUACCCGGCGUUUACGUGCAUUCGAUGCAAAUUGGAGACUCGAUCGUCAAAGAUAUGGAAAACGGUUAUUUUUUACAUCCCGACGAGCAUAUCAAGUUAGCCUGCGAGUAUAUUAAAAAAGACGUUAAACUGGCGAACGGAUAUAAUGGUAUUGGAUUUUCUCAAGGGGCGCAGUUUAUGCGUGGCUUGGUGCAGAGAUGCCCAAAUCCACCAAUGAAGAACUUAAUUUCUGUUGGUGGCCAACACCAAGGAGUCUAUGGGCUUCCCAACUGUGGUUCUUUGUCUAAUAACGCUUGCGACUAUAUGAGAAGACUCUUAAACCACGCGGCGUAUAUCGGGUGGGUUCAAAAGUCUUUGGUCCAAGCAACUUACUGGCACGAUCCUUUGAACGAGGAGGAGUAUAAGAACUAUAGUACCUUCUUAGCAGAUAUUAACAAUGAGAGGGUAGUCAAUGAAACUUACAUCAAUAAUCUCCAAGUAAGGAAUGCUUUUGUCGUGGUUAAAUUUGAAAAUGACACUAUCGUCCAACCUGUGGAUACUGAGUGGUUCGGUUUCUAUAAGCCAGGACAAUCGGUGGAAACUCAAACUUUAGAGGAAUCCGACCUCUAUAUUAAUGACCAGUUAGGGCUGAAACGAAUGAAAGAAAACGAUCAGCUGAAAUUCCUGGCUACGCCCGGCAAUCAUCUGCGUUUCGAGUGGGAUUGGUUCGAGGAAAACGUGAUUAAUCCAUACCUUAAGAGUUGAGCAGUUUUUUAAUUAUUGUUUUUUUAUAGGAGCGUUUAAUAAAUUAUUUAGAAGUAA